CUUCCGAAAAUUUUAUUAUUUAUUAAUUUCGACAAUGUCUGUUUCCUUCAGAUGCCAUUUUCUCAAGAUGAUAGAUUCUACAAUAUAGACUCUAUAUCAUACUAACAAUUGAAUGAUAUAAACAGAUUGCACGGAAGUGCAAGUAAACAAACACUAAGGUUACACCGGUAGGGGUAGUUCCUCUCCUAGGCUUCAUACAAAAGAGCCAUAUAGUGAAAUAUUUUAUAUGAAAUAUAAAGUAAAUGUUUCGAGGCAUUGGAAGUAAACCACUGUAACAUUCUUUAGUAUGACAUUGUAUCUGUUAAUGAAAAACAAGAAUGGAUGACCAAAGUUUAUUUAAUGAAGGUACUACAAUACCUUCUACAGCCACAUUGAUCCAAGUAACAAAUAUUUUAACACCAUAUAUCAUAAGAGUGUAUGAAGUGAAAAAUUAUGAAGAGCGAUUACAUUCAAUUAGUAAAAAGUUAUUAAUAAAAAAAGGAGCACUACUUAACAACAAUACAGUACCUAUAGAACCAAAAUUAGGAGAUAUGGUCAUAGUAUGUAGUAAAUUGGAUAUAAAAUUAGAUACCUGGUUAUGUCGAGGAUAUAUAUAUAGUGUUGCAGAAAAUUUGGAAGAUACAUAUAAUGUCUUUUUACCUGAUUAUGGCAUUCCUGUUUUAUUACAUAAAAAAGACUUUGUAGUACAUUCAUCUGAUCUAAUCUCAGAAGAAUAUUUAAGUUUUACUAUUGGCUUAUACAAUAUUUUACCUGCUGCUAUUAAAAAUGAUUCAUCAAUGAAUGAAGAUAUAUUAACCGUUUUAGAGGACUGGACCAUUUCAGCCACUCAGUAUGUAAAAGAAUUAAUAAGUGUAUCCACUGCAAUUUAUUUUGAUCAUUUAGUGUCUGACCAGUGUGGUAGACAGUAUGGUGAACUAUACCUUAAUAUUGAAAAUAAUAUAGUGUGCUUAACCAAGGCUUUAAUUUGUAACAAUUACGCUAUUUAUAUAGGAAGCGAUUUGCUGAAGCUUAUAAAAAACCCUGAGAGUUAUGAAAAUUUAGACAAGAAACUAGUUAAUUCUGAAACUGUAUUUUAUAUAAAUAGUAGGAAAGAGUAUAAAACCUGUGAUAAACUUGAGAAACAGAAAAGCAGUUAUUUAAAUGGAGUUACAAAGUUUCCAAAAAAGAAACAUAUAUGCAGUGAAACUAAAAGAGAUCAAGAGAAAGUAUUAAUUUGUACACAAAUUAAGUGUGAAUGCUUGACUUCCACUUUAGAUGCAAAAUUUCCUACUGAAAUACAUAAGGCUUGGCAAUCAAUAGUGAAAUCAUCUAGACCAAGAAAAAUUCAAUCAUAUAUAUGGCCUGCUAUAAAAAAAGGUUUAGAUGUUAUAGCUGUUGGAAUAGCAAAAUCUGGCAAGACUUUUGGAUAUGGAUUUGCAUUGUGUGGGCUAUUAGCAAUGAAUUCAGAUCUUCCUCAAGGAGUAAAUCCAUCUGCACUAGUAUUAUGUUCUUCUUCAUCUGAAGUAUUAGAAGUAUAUUACUUGUGUAGAGAAUUACUGCAAAGUUAUAAAAAAAUAAAAUGUGUGGCUGCAAUUAAUGGUAAAUCGGAGAGAUCGUUGGUGGCUGAAAUGUAUAAUGGCUGUAACAUUUUGGUUUCUACACCAAGGUUUUUAGCACGUUUUAUUGAUCAAAACAGAAAAUUAUUAAAUUUCAAAAAUCUUCAACAUUUAGUUUUGGAUGGUGGUGAUGUUAUUUUGGACAAAUACUUUGAUUCUAUUAGUAAAUUAUUUAAAAAGCAUAAUAUCAUUUGUAAUAGAGAAGUAAAAUAUGACGAAAUGAUGUUACAAAUCAUAGUAACUGCAAGACAUUGGACACCAUGCAUAAAAAGAGUUGCAUACAUUUUAAUGAAUAAUCCAUAUAUAUGUAUAACAUCUUUCAUUGAAGCUACUGUUUUCAAAUCUAUAUGUCCUAAGGUUUAUGUAAUGAAAUCAAAGAGUAAAAACGAAAAACUUUUAGAUAUAUUAAAUAAUAAUAAGUGUUCUUCAUCAAGAACCGCAAUAGUUUGCGCAAGUACUGAGGAGGCUGAAAGUUUACAUAAAUUCUUAUCUAAUUAUAAAGAUGCUCUUUUACUACAUGCAGAGAUGAACUUCCUGCAUUUACAAAAUAUCGCACGAUGCUGGAAUACGUGCGUACAUGGUUCCUAUCCGAUUCUGAUAUGUACAGAUGAUAUUUUAUCAGAUAUAAGUAUUACAAAUGUAACUUGGCUAAUACAUUAUUCAAUAUCUUUACGUUCCAAAACUCAAUUUAAUUAUCGAUUUUCAAUGCUGUUUGAAAAUUUACAAAUGGAACACUGUAACUGUAAAGUAACUAUUAUAGUGGAUGAUAAUAGUGACAUGCAGUUUAUAAGUAUAAUGAAAAUACUGCAACGUAUGAACGUUUCAAUUCCUCAAAAUAUAUUACAAAAUAUUGAGUUCAUAACGGCUGCUUUAGAAAAGAAGAAAGAAAACUAUCCUAUCUGCAAUAACAUAAAAUCUUGGGGAUUUUGUGAUAAACAGUAUUCUUGUAUAUUCAGACACAGAUUAGUUCCAGAAAUUGAUGCACCGAUCACCAAUAUUCAAAUAAAGGAUCGGGUGAAAUUCAGAGUAAUAAGUAUACAUGAUGUAACACAUAUUUCUGCCAGGGUUAUAUCGUAUAUUAAAUCUGACACACUAGAGGAAAUAGAAUUUUCUAAUGUAGAAUAUAUACAAAUAACUAUGAAGAUUCAAGAAUUUUAUUCAUGUGUAGAAAACAGAAGAAGAUGUGAUACAAUAGAGCUGGGACGUAUGUAUGGUUUAGAAGAACCAGUAGACAAUUUUAAAAGAGUUGAAGUACUAAACAUUGAAAACGAUGGUGAAACAGAAACUCCUGAAUUCGUAGAUGUAAGAUGCGUUGAUAAUGGAGUAAUUUUGACAAAAGUGCAUGUAUACAGAUUACUACACAUGCCAGAAAAGCUCGUAGAAUAUCCGGUACAAGUAAUGGAAGUAUUUUUGGUUGGUAUAACUCCACAUGAUGACGAAUAUGUAUGGAAUAAUUGUGCAAUUGAUGCGGUGUAUGAAUGGUUCAAAGAAAAUAUUGAUGAAAAAUCUUAUGUAAUUGGAACGGUAAAUUUACAUCUGGGAAACACAAUAUGGGUGAACACUUUGGAAGUUGGAACAAAAAUAAUUGGAUAUAAAGAUUUGGUUGGUUCUUCCCUAAGAGCAGAUUUACUGAAUAAAGAUCAUGCCAUUGAAAAUCCUAAACAUUUACAUCAAAUGUAUCAACUCUGCAAAACUGCUGGUUUCUCAGAUAUCAAUGGAUUUAACUUAGAUACAUUAAUAAAUAAGAAUUCGUAAAUAUAUCUAAAUUUUAUACAAUAGUCAGGUACUCGGAAGCAAGGUGCAUUGGAUCAACGUGAUAAGAAGCAACUAAACGAACUUUCUGACCAUCCUGUGUU